AACCAGCUGCCUUUUAGCUGGUUGCUAAUUACAUUAGAGAGUUGCCUAUCCAGAACAACAUGACUUCUCUUCCCGCCCACUGUAAUGAGAAAGCCAUGUGCUUUAUUUUGAAAUGGCUGCUGUAGAUUUAGUGAAAGUGCCUGAAACCACCUAACACACACUCACACACACACACACACACACAGCCACUUCAUGACUCAUACUGUUUGACAAAGAUGCAGUUUAGCAGUGAGCUUUGAAAAGGGGAGAGAGAGAGAUACAGAUGUGUGAGUGUGUCUCUGAAAGAUGAAGAUAGGAGCCCAUAGAAAAACGCAGGCUGGAUUAAGCUUCUUAUUUGGCUGUAAAACGGGGGGAGGGAGCACGAGAAGCAGCAGAAAGCCAUUGUGGGCCGGCGGGGGGAGAGAGAGAGAUGGGGGGGUGAGGAAGGUUUGUAAGAGAGAUGGACGUUUAUUUUAUAAUAUGUAAUAGCAGCAUCACAUAGAGAGGGACGUGAAAGAGGGCAAAAUGCAGGAAAAACUGGAUUCUCAGAGCCGAGCCCCAGGCAGGAAGGCUCAUCCAGUUCUCAAAGCCUUUUUGUGUGGCUCUCUCAGCGGCACCUGCUCUACACUACUCUUCCAGCCUCUGGAUCUGGUCAAGACACGGCUGCAGACCCUACAGAACAAUGCCAAACUGGGUGCACCAAAGGUGGGGAUGUUCAACGUUUUAAUCAACGUUAUCAGGACAGAGAAUUUCUUCAGUCUGUGGAAGGGAGUGUCACCAUCAUUUGUGCGCUGCAUCCCUGGGGUGGGCAUCUACUUCAGCACCUUCUACUCCCUAAAGCAGCACUACUUCCUAGAGCGGGCACCCAACGCUGGCGAGGCUGUUCUGCUUGGAGCGGGUGCCAGAACUGUGGCUGGCGUCUGCAUGCUGCCAUUCACAGUCAUCAAGACACGCUUUGAGAGUGGCUGCUACAACUAUGUGAGUGUGGCAGGGGCUCUGAGGAGUGUGUAUGAGACGGAGGGAAUCAGGGCCCUGUUCUCAGGGCUGACCGCCACGCUGCUCCGAGACGCUCCGUUCUCCGGCAUCUACGUCAUGUUCUACAGCCAGGCCAAGAAGGCGAUGCCUCAAGAGGUAACUUCGUCGCCAUAUGCUCCGCUGGUGAACUUUAGCUGUGGGGUGGUGGCAGGUGUCAUGGCGUCGCUGGCCACACAGCCAGCGGACGUCGUGAAGACCCAUAUUCAAAUCAGCCCAUCCCACUGGAGCACGAGAGAUGCUGUCCGCUACAUCUACAUGGAGCAUGGCAUGGGCGGGUUUUUCCGUGGGGCUGUACCCAGGUCUCUGAGACGCACUCUGAUGGCUGCCAUGGCUUGGACUGUCUACGAACAGCUGAUGGCAAGAAUGGGCCUCAAAUCCUGAAGAGCAUCAGGGUUGAACCACAAUAAUGAAAUAUGAGGGUAUUAGGAUGUACAUUUUCUUCUCACUGAAAGCCCCAUGAAAGUGCGUGCGUGCGUGCGUGUGCGUGUGUGCACUUUAAAUGUUUAUGAAAAUGUGCCAGUUUGUGUCUGUAAGUCUAAAGUGACACUCCCUACGGUGAAGUGAACUUACUCCUCCUGUGACUAUUUAUGUUUGGACACCCUGAGGUCUGGCUGCCGAGGGUCUGUGACUGUGCUGGGCAGCAUUGUUGCCUUUGACAAGGAGUUUCAAAAUGCUGUCAAUACAAACGGGACUCUCAGCAAGCUGGUGUUCUGUACAUCUGCUGAGGUAACCAAAAGCAAAGCACUGCAGAGAGAAGAGCUCUGGCUUCCGCCAUAUUUACAAAACUUGCCUAAGAUUGAGCAAUGCUUCUUACUUGCCAAUAACAAGCAUACUUUAUCUGCUUCUAUAUCUAAUUUGUUUCAGGCUCACACAAUCACAAGUACUCACACAGCUGCAUUAUGGGAAGAAAGUCCCAAGAAAGCCUUUGUUGCCACUGUGAUGCAUUUUGUGACUCAGCAUAGUGAAACCAGAUGUGCUUUUUAAAGAAGUAAUGAUCACGAAGAAUCUGUCACAUCUGGGUUUAAAAAUAUUCAGACCUAUAAUAUCAUUUCAGUCAGUUUAUAGGUUUUGUAAUUGAAAUGCUUAAUUCUUAUUUUUUUUUAGGAUAAAAACAGCAAUGCAAUUUGCAAUUCCUGUGUUUAACACUUUCAUAUAAUUUGUUUUUAGCCCUACACAUUAAAGGUAUUAUAUGCAGGAUUUCCCUAAAACACAAUGUAUAGACCAAUAUAAAAGUAAUCCCUAUCAAUAACAACCCACAAGAAGUGUGUGGCGGUGUCGGCCCCAUAUUUUUCGUAUUUUGCUGUGUUCAAGAUGAAUCUGGGCAUCAACUAUAGUCUUUGGGCCCCACAUGGGUGUGUAACACCCAGCCAAUGACAGCGCACAG